AUGGCCGUGCCGCCGCCGCAGCAGCAGGCGGCCGUGCCCAUCUCCAUCACCAUCUGCGGCGACGGCGGCUGCGGCAAGUCGUCGGACUCGUACAGCGUGACGCGCCGCAUCGACGGCACCACCUACCACCUCGCCCUCACCGACACGGCCGGCCAGGAGGAGUAUCGCGGCAUGUGGGCCGCCUCCAACCUCGGCGCCGACGCCUUCCUGCUCGUCUACGACAUCACCUCGCGGCCCUCGCUCGACGCCCUGCAGUACUUUGACGACCUCAUCGACAUGGAGGCCGAGACGCGCUUCGACAACGCCGACCGCGCCCGCCGCGCCGGCCUCGACCCGGCCCUCGCCGCCGGCGCCGCCAGGACCGUGCCCCCCGUCAAGAUUGUCGCCGGCAACAAGUGCGACCUGCAGGAGAGCAGGCAGGUCCCCGCCGCCGUCGGCCUCGACUGGGCCCGUCGUCGCGGCUGCGGCUUCAUGGAGACGAGCGCCCGGCUCGAGGUCAACAUUGAGGAGACGUUUGCCCUCAUCGUCCGCCGCGUCGUCGAGCGCAGGCGCCUCGCCGAGACCGGCGCCCUCGACUCUGCCCACCUCAACGCCCGCGGCAUGACCAAGCCUCUCACCCCGCUGCCCCCCGAGGGCGGCGAGAGCGAGAAGCGAGCCCCUGGCCUGCGAGGGCCCAACCUGCAUGGCGACCGCGUCGGCCGCGGCCAGGGUGGCUUCUGGCGGAAGCUCCGGUGUUGGUGA